UACAUCAUCGCAGAGAUCAGAUAUCGGCGGAGAGGUGGAAGGCACGGGGUUUUCUGCCGGAGGUGGAAGAAGGAUUUGCGUGUGUGACCGGCUUCGAUUGAUGAUGGUGUCGCCCAGGACAGUGACAAUCGUGACUCUCUCUGUCGCCUUGGGUUUAUUCUUUGUCUUCAUGGGAACCAUCAAACUGACGCCAAGACUGAGCAGAGAUGCUUACAGCGAGAUGAAAAGAGCUUAUAAGGAAUAUGCCAAGGCCCUGCCAGUGUUAAAGAAGAUGGGUAUCACAUCAGUCCUGUUGCGAAAAUUAAUUGGCACGCUGGAGUUGUUGUGUGGCAUUGUGAUGACACUGGUACCUGGGAGGCCCAAGGACGUGGCUAACUUUGUACUGCUUCUGGUCAUGCUGGCUGUGCUCUUCUUUCACCAGCUGGUGGGUGAUCCACUAAAGCGCUACGCCCAUGCACUUGUCUUUGGGAUCCUACUGACCUGCCGGCUGCUGAUCAUUAGGCAGGGAGACGACAAGGAGAUGGUUCCAGGAGUCAUGAUGAAGGAGGUGCAGGCUGGCAGAGAUACCAAGACUGAGACUGAUCAAGAUAAAGGGAAACUUAAAACCUCCUAACUUGGCUCAUACAGAUAGCAGUGGAGCUCGGGCAGCAGGCAAUUUCUGCCCGGAAUCUUACAGGACUUUUGUAUCACACUCCAUUUAGCUGGAAGUGAAUGAUUAACAAUUCGUGAAGAUCUGAUGACAAAAUCUCAGAGAACUUACAGGACCUUUCCAAUGAGGUUGACAAGAAUUCCAUUUGAUCCCAAUCAAUAUUCUUCAGUAUAAAAUCCUCAUGUCCUCAGUCUGUACCUACCUGUGUUCUAUAUUAAUGAUAAACAUAUCAGCUAAGAGGGAUCAUUCACAGUUGAAAAAAGACAUCAAAUUCACUUCAUGGAGGGAGGGAAGAAAUGACAACCUCCAAAUAAAGAGAGAGUUUCACUAACAAUGAAGUUCCAACUUUGAAUUGUGCUCCCAAAGGUGACAUUCUCUGGAAGACUCAUUCCCACACAUAUCAAUGAAAUGAGACCAAACUUUCCCCAGGGUCUGACUUCUGCUUCUUGUAGACAAAACUUUUUCAUGAUUGAGUCAUUGUAGGAACUGGAAAUGAUUUUUCUUCAAAUAUGAGAUAUAAACUGAGCUCAUUGAGACCACCUGUUCAGUGCAUGGCAGUGAUGGGCAGCCGGAGAUUACGUCAUGGAAGUUGGAUGGGUUUCAGCUACAAUUUCCACUUGUCCAUUAUCUCUUCCUCCCCAUCACCUACCUCCAUAUCAGCCUACUCUUCCUCCUCAUUAUUUUGUCAUUCUCCCUAUCACCUCUCUCUUGGUGUUUCUUCCCUGUCUUUUCCCUUUUAUUUUCCUCACUUUCUUGUUAAUUCCCCUUUCUCUAUUAACACACUCAAUCAUCUUGCCAAAAACAUUUAUUUUACUGUUCAGUUAUUUGGUAUGAUGGGUGUUUUAUUUAAAAUGUAUAGGAGAGAAGAGUAGUGAGCAGAGUGACACAUAUUUCCCACUCGGAGGAAUUGCUGACUUGGAUUGUGGCUGCUUUAAACAAUAUGAGGAUGAUGAGGACGACUGGAUAUCAGGAUUGAAUGGACUAUAGCCCUAAUAAAAAGAACCAACCCAGAUUAACCAAAUGAGAGUUUAUCCAAAUUCUAGAUUAUAAGGCUGAGUCCACUGUCAACACUAUUGGCUUGUGAGUCAGUGCAUGUUAUCAUAUUUUAUUUGACAUGUUUUGUUAAUUACUCUCACUUAGAAACAUAAUUUCUGAAAAAUUAAACAACAAUGUCGAAAAGUAAGCAGACACAUUAUCAGAAUCUCUCCUGCCUCACUUUAUGUCAGUACUGCAUUUCUCAAAACUCAGCAGAAAGAUUCUCCUCUCCUGAAGGUGCUCUCACUACAAUAUAUAUGUUUCCUUUUCUCGGCGGAUGCUGACUAUCACUGGUUGGAUGCUGGUCCACUCUUCUCCUGAAGGUGCUGAUUCCGAUUGGAUGACGGUCCCCUCCUCUCCUGAGGUUGCUGACUCCAAUUGAAAUAGAGGUGUCCCACCUGCCUGCAGGUGCUGACCGUCAAUAGAAUGCAAGUCCAUUGAUAUUGGAAGUGUUCUAUCUCUCACUUCUGACCAUUAUCAUGUCACUGUUUGCCAUAGAUAUUGGUAGUAAAAGUAUAAGAUAGUCUCAUUAUGUUAUGUACAUAAGGUUAGGAUUCAGUUUACAUUUCAUAUGGUUAAAGCUUUUACUUGAAUUUUACCAUUAGACAGCUGUAGAUUUUUACUGUAACUGCAUCUAAUGGAAUUGGGAAGGUUCAUUAUCAGGAUGCUUUGGAAUUUCAUGCGCCAAAAGUACAAUCCAAAUGACUGUGCUGUUAGAUUUUGUUAAAAUACACAUCUUUUUCCGUUUUUUGUGAAGUCAGAUAGCUGAGACAGUCCUGAGAUACAAAGUGGGACAGUGGAACCCAGGAUAUCAACUUAAAUCCCAGGUGAUAGCCAAGUUGUCAUUCUUUUUUCGAGAAAAUAUAUCUUCUUCUUUACAAUAACACUGUCUUGCCAAAGUCAAUCAACAGUGAUGGUGAGAAAUAAACAAUAAAAUUCUGAAGUUUUUUUGCAUAGGGUCGGGUUCAGCAAAGUUGCAGCCCUAUCUGGGCAAUGCAGUAAUAUUGUUCCUUUCUCUGUGUAUCCACUGGUUCACACUGCGUUGUGCAUGUCUGGUCUUGAUUAAAUACAAUAAACAGGGUAUGUUGAAAACCA